CCGGACGAACACGGACGACGUCAACAACGAUAAAUACCUACAUCCCCUUCGCUACCUCAUUCUACUUGCUCUGAUACUAACUCAAUUACAAUUUCCAGCUGGAUAACAAAAUAUUUUCACCAUGACGACCGCCAAAGUUCUCAUACCAAUGUCCGAUUAUGGACAUGAUCCAACAGAGACCGCUGUUCCCUAUACCGAAUUCAAGAAAGCCGGAUUCGAAGUCCAUUUCGCAACGGAGAAGGGCAAGACUCCGGAAUGCGACAAAAAGAUGUUGAAGGGUAUCACCCAGAAACUCCUAGGAGCAACAGGUUUAGCAGUUGAGGCCUAUAACUCCAUGUCCACGCAACCUGAAUUUCAGAACCCCCUCUCCUGGUCCUCCUCCGAUUUCUCCCUCGACACCUACAACCUGAUCUUCCUCCCUGGUGGCCACGAAAAAGGAGUGCGACAAUUAAUUGACUCGCAUAUAAUGCAGAGACACAUCGCUGCAUAUUUCUCUAGCACGAUGAAGCCGAGCAAGAGGAGUGUGGCUGCUGUGUGCCAUGGCGUCAUGGUGCUUUCGAAGACAAAGGAUAUGGAGGGGAAGAGUGUCAUACAUGAAUGCGACACAACGGCCCUGCCUGCACUGUUUGAACAGGUGGCAUAUUGGGGUACGAGAGCAUUUUUAGGUGAUUAUUAUAAGACGUAUGGGGCUGCGAGUGAGAAUGUUGAGGAAGCAGUCCGGAAAGUUUUGGAUAAUCCGGACAAGCAGUACAAGAACAGUAUUGGAAUAGGAGCAUUUGUUAUCGAGGAUGAGAAGUAUAAUUAUAUUAGUGCGAGGUUCCCUGGCGAUGCAAAGUUGUUGGCUGAGAAGACGGUUUCUUUGGUUCAAAGUACCUUUGUCUAAGAUACAAGUCCCCUUUCUAGAAGUGGCUAGGAAAAGCCAACAAAAUGACUGUGUGUUUCUAAUCUGAUUUAGCAUGUGAAUGACGGAUCCAUAGCUUUAAAGGAGCGCAUAAAGGCCAUAUAAGCCAUUGUGCAUGUGGUCUUUGCUUAGCCAUUUAUCAUGAAGGAAUAGUUUAGGGUGGUGAUUGCCGCGAAAGGCCCACUAGCAUUCGAUGCCAUCGACGGAAG